UCCCUCCAUGCCAGCAUAUAUACAAAGACAAGGAAGCAAAUGAUGAAACUUGAGCCGGGGCAAGACCAGCUUCAGAAAUACAAACCCCUGCUUCGCAAGCAACUCAAAAUCAGCACUGCAGUGGGCGACCCAAAUGCCCGAGGUCAACGAAAUGAAUCUUUGGCUUGGUUUUGGUCUGUUGAAGUUGACCUCAGGGGUCCUGAUCAAUCGUGGAAUGAAGAAUUUUACCGAGUCCAUUGGCUGAGGGCAAAGGCACUACGGGAUCGAUGGAGGGAAGAAAUGCUAUUGGUCACAUUGGAGAUGGAUUGGACAUGUAAGUUCUUUUUGUGGAAAACAACGAUAUGGGGCGAGCACAUGCAGGAAUCAUUGGAGAAACGACUUCCAGGUCACGGAUGCUACGCUGGAAGGCAAUCCCACAUGUAUUCAUUGCUGGCACAGGAUGCGCAGGCAGCUUUUCAAGACCUACAAAACGUGUUGAUAGAGGCUGGAGAUGAAUGA